AUGACGCUUAACCUGGAUCGAUUACCUUUCGAUAUUCUUUUCAACGUUGCUGCGAGACUAUCAUAUGCGGACGUCAUCCACCUCACUUUGACGUGUAGACAAUUAUACCAGCUCAGAGGCGAGAGUACAUUGUGUCGACGGGUUGUGCAAGAUCACGCGCCUUUCACUCAAGAAGCAAAGUUGGCAGCCGAAGAAAAAAUCACCUAUCGCGAAGCCUUGGAACGCAUCUAUUCCCGACAAGGCUCAUUUGCUACAGCCACUCCUAGCUCAGCCUGUGUCGUCGACUACGGAUCCGCUGUCAUUUAUAGGCAGAAUGUUCUUUGCUACAUGUCACAUGGCAUCGUGCGGGUUCGCUCUGUGCUCGACACAUCGGAAGAUUUUGAGGUAGACACGGCGCCCGUGGCUAAAUGGCUGUCACAGACUCACUUCGGCACGGCGGACAUCCAGCCGGAAAUUAGCCUGCUGUACUACAGCGACUGGGUGGUUUCGCUACAUUUCGACUACAGCGAGACGGAGCUAUGUGCCAACUGGCGCGAUGACGGGCACUGGUUGAUCUAUGUCGAGUUACGCAAAUUCGACCCCAUGACCGGCGCUGGUGUCAGUCUCAUCAGACCCCCCGAAGGAGCCAGCAAGCUCUUCGUUAGAAACACGGCCAAUUAUCUUUUUUACGGAACCCACACCGGCGUGGGUACACACGGCCACCACGAGUGGAAAGUACAAGGCCUCUCACUGUCUGACGACUCUCCGCUACCGCACAUGCCCGCACUUCAGUUGGACGAAUUGGUUGGCUCCGACCUCGGAUCAACUGUUGCCUUUGAGAUUCACGAUGGCCAAUUCUACGCCGUGUCCAAUCAGACGUCCUUCGUGGUCGAGGAGGUGGAUUGGACAUCCUUCUACCACUGCAUCAGGUUCCCCCUGCAUAAACCGGUCAGAGAGGAGGUACAAGUCAACACGAGGGUCUAUCGCAGGCAGCACGCCGAGGGUCCAAUCAACGACUCCUGGACGGACUUGGGCCUACAGGUGGACGAGAAGACGAACAAGCUGCAAAUCGUCGAAGCACGGCGUGAGUGGCGCAACGGAGGCAGCAAACAAGAGCGCACCUUCUACACGCGCGAGAUCACCUUCCCUCCCAAACGCUCAGCUCCGAGGCGACAGACCGGUGAACAAGGGGCGGUGGUGGCGAGUCGAGGCGACGGCACGCUGCAGUCAGCCUCACCGACUCCUUCAGCUUCGCCAUCCGCAUCGCCCGACGCCACACCCACCCCUGAAGGCGCCCAGGGGCGGCAGCAGCAGGACGAAGACGUCGCGCCCCUCCUCCCCGCAGACGACCUGCUCGUCCAGACGCUCGGCUCGGGCAACAACCCGCACUGGGCGCCCGCCGAGGAGCGGCUGCCGCGCGCCUACCAUCCCGAGCGCAAGCACGACGAGCAGCGGCUCGCCGCCGGCCUGCCCCCCUCGCAAGCCUUCAUCCUCGCCCGCACCAAGCACCGCGCCUACAACCUCUCCUGCUCCGCCUUCCUCGACCUCGUCGAGGACGACAGGUGCUGCCCGACGGCCGCCGCCGCCGGCGACCCGCCCUGUCUCCGCCUCCGCAUCGGCGCGCGCAAGAGACAGCCGCUGCUGCCCGUCGAGGCCUGCGACGGCGUCGUCGGUGCCGAGAGGAAAGGGAAGGCCAGGGCCGUGGCUGCGGCCGUCGACGUCGACGUCGGCGCGAGUACAAAGCUUCCGCCGUAUGAGGACCGCUUCCUUUACCCGCCUGUCAGGCUGUGGCCGCCGUCUGGCGAGCAGCAGCAGCAGCAGCAGCAGCAGCAGCAGCAGCCUGGCACCGGCACCAGCGACGGCGAUGACAGUGAGGGCGCAGGCGCGGGCGUCAGGGCGUACGGUUGCGCGAAGAAGCUGCACGACAUCCUGAACGCGCCGCUGACGCCGCCUCAGCCUGUCCUUGUCUCUCCUGCAUCGUCGACGACGGCGACGACGACGACGACGCAGAUGACAGCUCUGUCUCUCGGCGGUGCGGGCGGGUACACGGCUCCGCCGCCGGCGACGGAGAUUGUGGCGGCGGCGGACGAGAGGAGCGUCGUCUUCUUGCGGAGACCCAAGUAUGGCGGCGGGGAGCGCAGCGGGCCGAUUGUGCUGGUGAGCUUCGAUCGCGGCAUCGCGGCGGAGGAGCUGGCGUGUGACGCCGGCGUGAGGGCGGUGGAUGAGGAGGCGAUGGCGGCGGCGACGCGGAAGGACAGCGGCGUUUCGAUGGGGAACGUCUUGGCCGAUGCUCCGUGGAUGAAGUCGUCGACUGCGGGACGGAGUGGGCAUGAGAAUCAGAUGAUGUGGAAGAGGGAUGAAUGCUGGGAGAAGGGUUGCGCGUGUGUGGGAAGGAUGGUGUGCGGAGCUGCCGGAUGA